CCAUACUAUACCUAUCUACAUACUACACCUACAUACAAAAUGACCUCAAUCACCCUCUACACGUACUUCCGCUCCUCCUGCUCCGCCCGUCUGCGCAUCGCCCUGGCACUCAAAAACCUCCCCUACGCCGCCAUCCCCAUCAACCUCCUCAAAGACGAGCAGCACUCGGCUCAAAACACCAUCAACCCGUCCGCGACGGUGCCCACGCUCAUCAUCUCGUCCUCCAGCCCCAACUCCACCACCAACAACACCGAAGUCACAAUCACCCAAUCCCUCGCCGCCCUCGAAUACCUUGAAGAAGCCUUCCCAGCCACCCCAUCCCUCCUCCCACCCGUUACCGACCCCUCUACCCGCGCCCUCGUCCGCACCCUCUCGCACAUCAUCGCCUGCGACGUCCAGCCCGUCACGAACCUGCGGAUUCUCAAGCGCGUGGCGCCGUUCGGGGUCGAUCGCGCGGCGUGGUCGAAGGAGCUGAUCGAGGACGGGUUCCGGGCGUAUGAGGCACUUGCGGUGGGUGCGGCGGGGAAGUUCAGCGUUGGGGAUGCGAUCACGAUGGCGGACGUGUGUUUGAUUCCGGCGGUUUGGGGGGCUCAGAGGGUGGGGGUUGAUUUGGGGAUGUAUCCCACUAUUGAGAGGGUGGCGAGGAAUUUGGAGGAGGUCGAGGCUGUGAAGGUCGGGCAUUGGAGGACGCAGGAGGAUACGCCGGAGGAGUUUAGGGUUUAGUUUGUUAAUGUUAUUGUUCGGUUCUGGGGAUGGUUGGGGAUUAAAUGGGAAUGAAAUGGUUCAAUCUAUUCGUACUCGUCGUACAGUUGACAACUCA